AUGCCUCUUUACAACAUCACUCUCAAGGCCGGCGCUCCCGUCGAGGCACUGGAUGAGGCCAGGGAAACAGCCAAGGAGAAGGGCGGCAUUAUCAGACAUGAAUACAGCAUCAUCAAAGGCUUCACUGUCGAGUUCCCCGAUGAUACCGUCCAAACCUUCGAAUCUACUGAACAUGUCCACGUUGAGCAAGACGGCGCCAUGAAUACUCAGUAG